UAAGAUCACGUCCCUGUCUCUUUCUAUCGCUCUCAUUCCUGCACAGGAGCAUAGCAAUUUUUCCCACUUUCCCCACCCCAAAACACACUGUCCCUUCUUUGCCUUCAUUUACAACUCCUUUCAUAAAGAAAAGCUUUUUUUUAGGGACAGUAUUUUACCAAAUAGAAAAAGAACAAAAUCAAAGCUUCAUCAGCCAGACUUCCAGCAUGGCAUUGUCACCAUUCCCUUUUGCAUGGUGAUGCGCUUAAGGUAGCAGCGUUUUUAUUAUUUAGUGAAAAGCAGUUGGGGGAUUCACCAGUUCUGAUGCUUUUUCUCUUGUUUGUCGGCUGAUGGUAGUGAGCCUCGGUUUGACCUGACCAUGAUUCCCAGGACUGGCACUUUUUAUUUUUUCUCCCCAAACUAUACAAAUCCAUAUCUCUUUUUGGUUUUCAAGGAAAUUAGAUUAUUGACAGAUUUUGAAUCUGGGCAAUAAAAGUACUUUCUUCUAGCUUCAUUCUGGCAUCAUUUCUGGGAUAUUUUCCACAAUCUUCACAGGAAACAGGAAUGAACCGGCAGCUAGUGAACAUUUUGACAGCCUUGUUUGCAUUUUUCUUAGAGACAAACCACUUCAGGGCGGCUUUCUGCAAAGACCAUGAUUCCAGGUCUGGAAAACCCCCUUCACAGUCCAUGUCUCCUUCAGAUUUUUUGGAUAAAUUAAUGGGAAGGACAUCAGGAUAUGAUGCAAGAAUCAGACCAAAUUUUAAAGGUCCUCCAGUAAACGUUACUUGCAAUAUUUUUAUCAACAGUUUUGGAUCAGUCACAGAGACCACAAUGGACUACAGAGUGAACAUCUUUUUGAGGCAACAGUGGAAUGACUCCCGACUGGCUUACAGUGAAUACCCUGAUGACUCCUUGGAUUUAGAUCCAUCUAUGCUGGACUCUAUUUGGAAACCAGAUUUAUUCUUUGCCAAUGAGAAGGGUGCCAACUUCCACGAUGUUACCACAGACAACAAACUAUUACGGAUUUCAAAAAAUGGCAAAGUGCUAUACAGCAUCAGGCUUACUUUAACCUUGUCUUGUCCAAUGGACUUGAAGAACUUUCCCAUGGAUGUCCAGACAUGUACAAUGCAACUAGAGAGCUUUGGCUACACCAUGAAUGAUCUGAUAUUUGAGUGGCUAAGUGAUGGCCCAGUACAAGUGGCUGAGGGUUUAACCUUACCUCAGUUUAUUUUGAAAGAAGAGAAGGAACUUGGGUAUUGCACAAAGCAUUACAACACUGGAAAGUUCACUUGCAUUGAAGUCAAAUUUCACCUGGAGCGCCAGAUGGGAUACUAUUUGAUCCAGAUGUAUAUUCCUAGUCUAUUGAUAGUCAUUUUGUCCUGGGUUUCCUUUUGGAUCAACAUGGAUGCAGCACCAGCCAGAGUGGCUUUGGGCAUCACCACAGUUUUGACAAUGACAACCCAAAGUUCUGGUUCCAGGGCUUCACUUCCAAAGGUGUCCUAUGUAAAAGCUAUCGACAUCUGGAUGGCGGUGUGUCUCCUUUUUGUUUUUGCUGCCUUAUUGGAAUAUGCAGCUGUUAAUUUUGUUUCAAGGCAGCACAAGGAGUUCCUGCGGCUCAGGCGAAGACAAAGGAGGCAAAAUAAGGAAGACGAUGUUGCUCGGGAGAGUAGAUUUAAUUUCAGUGGCUAUGGGAUGGGUCACUGUCUCCAAGUUAAAGAUGGAACAGCAGUCAAAGCCCCACCCCCAAAUCCACCCCCAGCACCUCCAAAGGAUUCAGACUCCAUCAAAAAGAAGUUUGUGGACCGGGCUAAAAGGAUUGAUACAAUAUCUCGAGCUGCCUUCCCACUGGCCUUCCUCAUAUUUAAUGUCUUUUACUGGAUCACAUACAAAAUCAUUCGGCAUGAGGAUAUUCAUAAGAAAUAGGUGAAUCCUUUGGGCCUAGGGACACUGUUGCCCAAAUAAUGUGCUUGUAAAUAAACAGUGAAAUUGUCUUUCUAUCAUUUUGACUGAAGGGAUUGGGGGAGAGAAGUAAAAUGAGUGGGGGGAGGGUUUCAUGAUACCGAAAGAAGACAGAAAAGUUUCAGUCCGUGAAGAAAAUUGAUUGCACAAAAUUAAGGUAAUCACAGGACUAUGUGACAAGGGUCCCUUACAAGUCCCUUAAAAAUAUUGUUCUUCCAGAUCUCCAGUCAAUCAGAUAUGUAUGUACAUGGGGCAAAAAUUUUUUUAAACUAAUUCUGGUACUGAAAUGUUCAUUUAAACAAGACCUAAAAUACUUUAUAUCUAAUUAUAGCGGCUACCCUCCAGUGAGUUAAGAGGACCAAACUCUUUCAGGAAAAUGCUGCCUUUGUAUGUGAAAAUAAGUCACUGAGCUACAUUCCAUGACAAUAUCAGUAGUUAGUCUCACCAAGUUUUUUUGUGGCUCAUAAAUUUAUACUUAAUAGGGGAAAGAAAUGAACACUUCCAACAAAACCAGAUCUCUACUUGAUUAACCUUGUAGAUGUGCAUUUUCAUAUCAUCUUGCUUUCUUAGAACUGUAAUUUUGGGGUUAAAAUUGUGUACUAUGUGAUUAAUUUGAUAGUGUUCUCUCCUAGAAAUCAAUGACAAUCCAUGUUAUUUUCAUUACAAGAUGGUGCACUGACUUUAUUCUGGCUGUAUUUACUUGCAAUUUGAAGUGCCAAUGUGUUCUUCCCUCCCCUCCACCACAAUAUUCCUGGACUCUUGAUUCCUAAAUGGUGUAGCUCAGAUUAGCAUUCACAUUCUCCAUCUCUGCUCUCAUUGUAGCUGCGAAAAAUAAUCCAAUAGGUUUACAGACCACUGAUUUCUACCUUCAUUAAAGUGGCUGUCAUUUUAAAUACCAUUGACUAACUUAAGAGUUUUAAAACUGUACUGUGAUUUUCAUAACCUGUAACCUUUUGGUACCAGAGCUACUUGGUUCGAAUUCUGGCUACAUGUUUUAAGUAAGAAAAAAAUAAAAAGAAGUAUUUUUGCUUAUUCAGAUAAAGACAAUCUGUAAAAAAAAAAAAAUUAUAAAAUGAAAAUAAAUUUUACAAGUGCAGUAAAAGAAGUUAUUUAAAAAAAAAGAUUUAUUUGUUCAAUUUCAAUAAAGCUAAGUGUGCUACAGUAUUUCUCCAAAAUGUUUCCUUUUUCAUGGUGUCACAUUAACAAUGAGGAUGAGGAUGAUAAUUUGAAUUUCUGAAUCGUCUUUUUUUUCAAUAGUAUCAAAGUGGUUUUACAUUUAAUUAUUUUAUUUUUCCUUCUAAUAUCCCAGAUAACAGGAAGGAGCAAUUAUUAUUUCCAUCCUAGAAAUGGGAAAACUGAAGCACACAAAGGAGUAAAUAUUUGAUAAUUAUAUUAUCUUAUUGGAAUUAAUUUGAUUUUAUUUCUUAUGUGCACAUGCAUGAUAAACUCUAGAAUUUAUUUCCUAUCUUUUGGGAAAAGUUGCUUUUUGUGUGUGUGUGUGUUUUUUUAAUGUGUAUAUGCUGGCAAACUCUAGAAUUUAUUUUCUUUAAUAUUGAAUAAGAGUUACGUAAAGGAAGGUUUUUUGAAAGCCAAAGGACACUGGAUAAAAAAAAGUUGGACCCAGAAAUAUGGUUCUCAGGCUGUGUUCUUUCAAAUAUUAAUCAUUAACAAAGCCUCAACCACCCUUAGAAUAGUAGAAAAUAGAAUGUCCAAGAACAGUGAUAGUUUCAUUUUUGUUUGUAUUUUUAGUUCCUGGCAUAGUACUAAUCACAUAACAUUUUAAAUACAUUCUUGGUAAUUGAUUCAUUAGGAAGAAUCAAUCUGAUUGCUCUAAACUUCCAUUUGGAAAGGUCCUGUCAUUCUAGGAAGUGUCUUGAGAGGCAGAUAGCAGAAGAGAAAGGUCAAUUUAAUAAUGAUGAUGAACAUUUUACAUAUCACUUAGUAUGUUCCAGAUACUUGGCUAAAUAUUUAAAAUUUUUAUCUCAUUUGAUCUUUACAGCAACCCUGAGAGGUAGGUAACAUUAUCCCUAUUUUACAGAUGAGGAAACUGAGGCAAAUAGACGUUAAGUAAUUUCCCUGAUAAGUAUCUGAGAUCUAAUAUGUCUCUGACACACCUAGUAAUUGUCUGAGACUAGUUUUGAACUCAAAUCUUUUUGGCUGCAGUUCAAGCACUCUAUUCAUUUCAUCAUACUGCUAGAAUUUACUAGUAAAUGCAGUUAUCUAUAUACUUAAAAGAAUGAUUAUUUCAUUCUCUGACAACCCAGAUCUCUUGAGCCUAUAACCUACAGUAGACAUGAAUUUCUGUGACCCAAAAUUUAAUCUCCUAUUGACUCAGGCUGUCUGAAUCUAGAUUGGAUUUUCCUAGGGUAAAAGACCUACAAUCCAUCACUAGUCUGUGCUCAAAACCCUUCCAGUUAGACAGUACCUGUCAGAGUUUGUACCCUACUUGGCAGAGUGUUUUGAGAACCCAGGAUGUUUAUAUUACAACACAAUGAAUCAGCAGAAUAUUGGAUUUUAGUGGAAACACAUAUCUGUACAUAAGAAUUAAGCCUUUAUUAAGCACCUACUAUGUGCCAGGCAUUUUGUUAGCAUCUGAAGACACAAAGACAAAAAAGAAAGAAAGAAAGAAAGAAAGAAAGAAAGAAAGAAAGAAAGAAAGAAAGAAAGAAAGAAAGAAAGAAAGAAAGAAAGAAAGAAAGAAAGAAAGAAAGAAAAAAGAAACGAAACAAUUUUGGAGACAAGAUAUACAUACAUGUACCAAUUUGUGGAUAUAUGUACAGAUGGGUUGUUUGCAUAAGUAUAUGCAGACUAACUACAAAAUAAAUAAGACAGCAUUCAAAAUGCUAGUUGUUUAAGGAAGGUACCAGUGGUUGGGGAAAUCAGGAGAGCUUUGUAUAAAAGAAGAUGUUCCUGAGCUGAAUCUAGAAGAAAGUGAAGGAUUUUAGGAGGCAGAAGUGAGGAAAGAAUACAAAGGGGAGGCCAUUGUUCAAGAGGAAUUAAAUGUAGCCUAGAGUACAACAAAGAGACCAAUUGGAAGCAAUUGGAAAGAGAAGUUGUUGAAGAGCCUUUAAAAUAAAAGAAGGAGGGGCAGCUGGGUGGUGCAGUGGAUAGAGCACUAACUCUGAAGUCAGAAGUUCAAAUCUGGCCUCAGACAUUUAACAUGUCAUAGCUUUUUGACCCUGGGCAAGUAACUUAACCCUAAUUACCUCAGCAAAAUAAAAUAGAAAAUCAAAUAAGAUUUGGAAUAUUUUACGUAAGAAGCUAUAAAUAGCUAAGGUAGAAGAUGCUCAGAUCUACAUCUAAAGGAAAAUUAAUUUGAUUGCCUGAAAUAGGGAGAGUUGAAUCAAAUAGACAAAUUAGGAAGUAACUGCACUAGUUUUAGCAAAGACGUACUCUAUCCCAACCCCACCUGCUCCUGCCUUUUGAUGGAAAGGCCCAGCAGGUAGCCUCCUCUUUGUAGAGUCUGGGCUUGACAGAGCAGUAAACUAAGGCAGCUUGGGGUCUCAGAGGCAAAAUGACAGUUAUAGCUGAACCUCUCAGGCACCAGAUGAACCUUUUAUCCAUACCUUGAAAAACAAGGGAGCUGAGGAGAGCAAACUUGAGCUUAAAAUUGAAAAAAUAAUUGUGAAACCCAAACCUGCAAUCUAUAGUUCUCCAGUUCAAGGCCAGGCUAAGAUAUGGCCCCUAGGCUUGUACUUUGAUCAGCAUUUGCAUCAAAGGUCUUAAUCCCCACCCACCCUCUUUGUCCUACAUAGAUAUUUGUAUACACCCAAACCUUCAGGAUCUACUCUCUUGACAGGUAUUGGUCCACAGGAAGUAUGUCUUGGCCAGAAAUGGUAUCCCAAUACUUCAGAUAGCUUAGGUGAAAGUGAGGGCUGUCAAUGCAAGUCCAAAAGGCCAAAUCUGGCUUCAGGUAUUACCCUCAUGAGUGAACCUUGGGACAAGGAUCUGAUUAUACAAGAACUUCUAGUACACAUACCUAGACCCCAGUCUAAUUGUAGCCUGAGGUCUCCGGUUCUCAGCUUAUUCUAGACUUCUUGUUUUGUGUCAUGGACUUCUCUGAUAGAUUUCUGGGGAAAUCUACUGGAUUCUUUCUCAGGGUAAUAGAAACAACUAGCUGGCAUAGUGGAUAGGGCUCUGGUCUUGAAGCCAAAAAAAUCUGAGUUUAAAUAUGACCUCAUAUACUCACUAGCUGAAUAACUGGACAAGUUACUUUACCUUUGUCUGCCUCCAUUAUAAAAUGGGAAUAAUAAGAGUACAUAUCUACCAGGGUUGUUGUUGUGAGGAGAAAAAGAGAUAAUAAAGUGUUUGGCACACAGAAGAUAUUUAAUAAAUGCUUGUUAAAAUUUAAGUAAUGCUUUUAAAUGCACAAAAUAUAUUGGAUUAUAAAGAAACCAAUAAUAUUGAAUUAUAGUUAUAUAUGUGUAUAUAAGUACAUAUAAAAUAUAUGUAUAUAUACAUUUAUAUUUAGAUAUCAAAUUCACAGACAUCAGAGUAAGAAACCCUAUUUAGAGCAAUAUUCAAUUGUCAGCCUUUUCCAUUCCACACCCCCCCUCCCCCGAUCUUUCUCACUAGUAAUUAUCUUUCCCCAAGCAUUUUACUCAUUUUUCCCUAAUGCACUGAUGGAAUGGGUAUCAGAGUUCUUUUUGACUCCUCAUCUGUUUUGAGCACCUUGAAAGCAGAGGUGAUCUCAACUUUUAUCUCAUUUAGUGGAAAACAAAAAUCCAAAUACCUCUUUGUUCACUUCCUACAUGAAACCUUCCCUAAUUGCUCCAGCUUGGUGAUGGCUCCCCUCUGAUGUACCUACAUAAAUAUAUUUUGCCUCAUUGGACAAAGUGUGACAAAACAGAAAAAAAGCAGAGAAACUAGACUGAAAGGAAAAAGUGUUUAAAUCAGCUCUUCAAUUUACUAUCUUUUGCAAGUCUUUGAAAGAUCUGUUCUCUCUAGUCCUCAAUUUCCUAAUCUGUAAAAUGAGGGGUUGUACUUCAUAAUUUCUAAGAUCCCCUAUAAAUCUCUAAUCUUUUGGAGAGAAUAGGAAUUAGUAGUGGCUCUGCAAACAGAGAGAAGAGGUCAGAUAUGACAGAGGUUGUAGUUGAAAUGGCAAGAUUUGGCAACUGAUUCUAUUUAUGGGAUGGGAGUUAAAGAGUAAUCAAGAAUAUGAACCUACAUAAAUAAAUCAGUCAGCCAAAAAUAAUUUUAUUUACAAAGUGCUUACUACAUUCCAAGACCUAAGACCUGGAAAUACAAAUAAGGGGGGGAAAAAAAAGGCAAGCCAGUCUCUGCUCUCAAGGAACUCUUAUUUUAAUUAAGAGAAAUAACUAAUAUAAGAGGGUUAAGAGUUCUUGAGGAAACAAUAACAAAGGGUAAGGCACAGUAACCUAUCAUCUUUUCAGAAGGAUGAUAGUUAAUGAGUAAUUCAUUUAAGUGAGUGUGUAUGUAGGUCUCAUGUCUUUGACAUGAUGCAAAUGGCAGUGGGACUUGGGGUCAAAGAGGAGCAAAGGCUCUUGGUAAACCCUUGGUAAACAAAGAUUAAAAUGAAUAGGUAGGAUUAACAUCCAUGUGGGAGAUCAUUCAUGAGCUGGUAGAAACUGGACUAUUGGGAUUAUGUUGGAUUAUGUAGGAAGCUUCUUUCAGUAGAUUGUUUUUCCUGCUAUGCUCUGAGACUACCUAUUGAGAUAAAAUGUUGGUAUCUUAAAGUAAAGAAGAAAGUUUAUGAAGUAUGGGGCAAGGAUAGCAGUGGGAAAUAGAGCUCUGUUUUUGAUAUAAUAAGUUUGAGAUAAAUGUAACAUCCAGUUUGAAAUGUCCAAAAAACAUUUGCUACUAGUAGACUAAAGUUCAGAAAAGACACUGACGAUGGAUAUAUUGAUCUGCAUAGAAAUUAUAAUCAAGCCAAUGGGAGCUGUUGAAAUUUCCAGGAAAGAGAAUAUAGAGAAAUCACAGAAGAAGAACCAGGACAGAACUUUAAGAUAUACAUAUAAUUAGAGAGAAUGAUAUAAUGAUGUAGUCAAUAAAUGAGACUGAGAAGUAAUAGACAAUUAGGAAAACUAGGGAAGAGCAAUGUCAUAAGAGUCCAAAGAGCACUAACAGAAGAGGGAAAUCAAGUGUCUAAAACUGCAGAAAAAUUCAGAAGAAUGAAGACUGAGAACGUAUCAUUAGUUUUGUUAAAUGGGAUCAGUGGAAACUUUGGAAAGCAGUUUUAGCUUCGUAAUGAUUUCAGAAGCCAGAUUGCACAGGGUUGAGUGGUGGUGGGGGAAAAAUGGAAAGAAAGCUGAGAAAGAGAGUAUAGAUAGCUUUUUUCUAGGAAUUUGAGAAAGGGAGAAAAAAAUAUAGUUUGAUCAAGCAUAGUAGCAUUUAGUGAUGGGUUUUUUUUUUAACAGAAGAAUAGGAAGACAGGCAUGUUUAAAGCAAGUAGAGAAGGAACUAGUAAAUAGAGAUUAGAUAUAUAGAUAUAUAGAUAUACAUAGAUAUAGAUAUUGUAGACAUAAAUACUGAUAAUAUCAAUCAACAAGCAUUUUUUUAGCACGCAGCAUGUGCCAGACAUUUCCCUAGUCACUGAGGAUACAAACAAAGAAAUAAAACAGCCUCUGACUUCAGGGAGCGUAUAUUCUGAGGAGUCAGCCUGACCUUUGUUUUUCCAGUGGACUCCUCUGACUCUGGAAGAGAAAGUGAGGCUGAUGACUUUGCAUACCUCUGCUUCACUUAAAUACAAUUCACUUGCAGGUCAAGAUUUCACUCUCUUGAGAUCAUUGGUCCUUUUUGAGAAUGAAGGAUGAACAACAACAAUAUUAAAAAAGAUAUUAUGCAAUAGUAUGCAAAAUAUAUACCAAAUAAAUGCAAUGAAAAAGCAGGAGUAAUGGGAACUAGAGGAAGAUCAGGAAAGGUUUCCUAUAAAAGAUCAUUCAAACAAAAUUUUGAUGAAAGCAAGGUAUUUAUUAAAAGGAUACAAUUUGUGAAUGAAUUCUAAGUAAUAUGAAACCAUUAUUGCAAAGAGGUAGAGAUGCAAAUGGCUAAAAUAAAGGAUAAAAAUGCAAAACAGCAUAUUAAGGAAAAACAAAAAGUCCAGAUAUGUAGAAUCAUAGAGCAGAAAGAAUUAAGUAAUGUUUAAUAAGGGUAGAAAAGUAUGUUGGGACCAGGUAGUAAACAAUUAAGACUGAAACAAGAGAGAGCCAUUGAAUUUUGUUGAUUAGAGGAAUAGCAGUGUUUUGGGAAAAUAAUUUUGGUAACUUUAAAUAGGAUAAAGUAUAUGUGGAUCAGAUAUAGAUGAGGCAGGAAGAUGAGUAAGGACACAGAUUAAAUGACUUAUCCAAAAUCACAUAGAUAUUAGGUAGAAAAAUCAAUUCUUUUCUUUUAUAGAUGAAGGAAGCAAGAUCCAAUUAAUCAACUUAACCAAAACACAUAGGUAAUAAGUGACCAAGCUGGAAUUUGAUUCUUGAAACCUUUGUCUCCAAAUCCAACAUUCUUUCCAAUCCAAAUGUUAAUAAUAUUGUCUGUUUCAUUUUCUACUAAAUUAGAAAAAUCCCCCAUCAAAAAAAAAAAAAAAAAAAAAAACCUAAGAAUUUCUUUAAGCCAUUUGUCUUUGGCUACAGAGUUUGAAAUGAAAUCCUUAAACAAUGAAAUGAUUGCUUUAAGGAAAAGAGUAAUUUGCUUAUUGAUCAUAGCAAUUACUUUAAUUUCUUUUUCAUUUCUGCCAUUUAGAAUUCCUAGCUUUCUUAAAUCUCAUUUAAAAUAAACAUCAUUUCUUAUUAUUGAUUCAAGUUGACAAGCAUUUAUUAAGCCUCUAAUAUAUACAGGCACCGGGCUAAGUGCAAUAUAUAAAAAGAAAAUCAAAGCAGCUAAAGCCUCAAGCAGCUUACAAUCUUAUGAAAGAGACAACAUGCAAACAACUAGGUACUAACAAGAUAUAUUUCCAUCUACCCAAGCUGUCCAUCCUUUCCCAAAAUUUGGCUUCUGUGGUAGAAACAAUAUUUCAAGUCCCUCCUCCAUCCAGGCCAUGCUAAUAGUUUCUUAAAAGAUAUUGAAAUCACCCUUGAGAAUUAAUUGCUUCAAAGGAAUAAAAUCUCAAAAUGUUAGUGUCGUUUCCUAGGGCACUACAUAGCAAAGCCAAAAAGGAAGUAGUCAUCUGGUCCACCUUUCAGGUUUCUGAGUAAUGAACUAUAUCAUCAUCAUCAUCAUCAUCAUCAUCAUCAUCUUUAUCAUCACAACUUCACUUAAAUAGCACUUUAAGAUUUUUAAAGCACUUUGCAUAUAUUUUCUCAUUUGAUCCUCACAAAAAACCUGGAAAACAGAUGGUGUUAUUAUUCCCAUUUUUACAGAUGAAAAAACUGAGGCUGAAAGGGUAUAAAGUGAUUUGCCCAAUCAUAUAGCUAAUAAAUGACUGUGUUUGAAUGGCAUGUUUGAACUCAAAUCUUCCUGACUUUAUUUGCUAUGCCACCAUUUACAACACGGAUAAAGUGAAGCUAUGCUCAGCUGAAUUAAUGCUCCUUUCUCUGAUGGAAUAUCAUUUCCUUGUUUUGGAUGUUAAUCUCAUUUUGUUAAUUGUCUGAUGUUCUGUGAGUUUCUCAUUUCAUUACAGUCUUGAAACUGAAAUACCAGACUGGCUGAAGUCAGACUGCUGGAAUAUGUAUCUACUUUAUACUAUUUUGUAUGUAUUUAUAUGUAUAUAUGUUUUCCCCCAAUAGAAUGUAAGCUCUUUGAGGGCAAGCACUGUUUCAUUUUUGUCUUUGUACCCCCAAAUCUGGCAUUGUGCUUAGCACAAUAGUAGGCAUUUAAUAAAUGCUUGUUGAUUGAUUGAGUGAA